AUGGACUGUGGAAACUUCUCUUGGUUUCCAUCAUGGACAUACCCAGGUUGUCUUCCCGUGACCGUUGGUGAUACGGUUCAAAUGCUACGACACCGUGAAUGGUUGGACAAGUCCCAUCUCUUGUCGUGGAAGAAAAGGGGCCCGAAUCCAAGAUCCUUUCCCACUACAAAUAUACGGAUACCUUCUUUACCUCCACCCCUCCUGCCCUCCUCUCCCUCCUCUCCCUCAUCCUCAUCCUGCCCUCCAUUCUUCACCGCUAGUCGCCGCAACCCGCUCCAUCCGGUCCGGGACGAGUCAGGUAGGAAAAUCUCCCCGCCCUCCCUGCAUUCUUGGCUCCCGUGUGGAGAAUGCCUGAAACUCUCAUCGCUCAUAUCGUCUCGGUUGCAAACCCCCCGAUUACUGGUUGAGAUUGGCGCAGCGCCCACCAUCCUUCUCCCCUCUGAUCUGCUAGCACAUUUUUGUCGGGAAUUGCAAGUCAUCGGCUCGCGUCGCUCGGUGGAAGAUCGCCUCGUCGUAAAUGGCCAAGUCUCCGUUGCAUUCAGCUCCGGAAGUUUCUCGCCUGGCCACACGCUGUCGUCUUAG